UGCAUGAGAUGUAAUAAUUCAUCUGGAGCAGCAGCCCAUUCAGCCCUUCCCCUUUUCUCUACGUCACAUCUUCCCUGUGCAGCCUCUACGGGUUGCUAUGACGACGGCGUUGCAACUUGUCUCUAAAGGCAUUUUCCUAAUGAACGCUGUCGACCAGAAAGACAACUCACCACGAUAGAUAGCAGCAGUUGUUUGUGAAUGGUGUUUUUUUCUGAUAUGGGAAUAGGAAUUCAAACCCGUUUAAAAUGCUACAGGAUCCCAGAUGUCUUCCUUUUAGUGAGUGAAGUCUGGUAACGGCAGUUCGCAAGGUUUCUAACAAAACAAGUGUAUCACCAUGAAGCUCAUGAGCUAACUACAUAAUGGCGACCUUAAAAGAAGUGGCUCACACAACUGUGGAUGGAUCAGACAAUAAUCUUCCAACACAGGAGGAUCCAGUUGGGGAUCAGACAAAAGAAAGGAGACAUGUCGAUUCACUUCUAGAUAUUAGUGAGGAGGACUCCAUGAAAGAACAGGAGCCAUAUGAGUAUCAUUGUUACUCUGGCUGGGAAGAAGCUGUUCAUGGUUGGGCCAGAGUUGCUCCACUGAGCUGCAUACUUUUGACUCAGAAGAGGUUCAGGAAACCAAUGCAUAAAGAGGCUGACAACCCAUCCCCCUUGUCUGUUGAUCCAACAAACCCUGAUGGAGACAGCUCAGCCAGCAUAGGACAGCACUGCUGCGAGUCUCAUGUGGGCCCACAUAACAGCUUAAAGAAAUCCAUGCAAUUAAACCAGCACACGGGAUCCUGGGGUAACACUGAUGUAGCAGCGCAACCGAAAGACACCUCAGAAGGGCCUGUCUUCAAUGCUAUGCAGAAAAUCACAUCAAAUCUCCUUAAAGAAAAGAUAGGGGAGGAAGGGAUGCUCAGAGAGACCCCUUUGCAGCCUCACUAUCUCCCCUCAAAAUACUCUGAGAACAGGCCCACUAAGCCUGAGAAACACAGGCAUAGGCCUAAUAAUACAAUGGUUCCCAUUAAAAACUUCACAUUUUUACCACCAAUUAAAUCACCAAACCUGAGUCGUCAAAAAGUCAUCCAGCUCUGCAGUGGCAAGAUGGCUCCAGAAGGAGAACCCAUAGAGGAAAAUGAUUUCAUGUUUGAUAAGAAGAGCGGGACAAGAGGAAGAAGAGUGGACCCUAUUACUAACCCAGAGCUUCCCAUGUACUCUACAGCCUUGACCUCCAAGUACCAGGCAUGUCAGCGUAACCUCCACUUGUUCUCUGCUGUGCGUGUUUCUAUCCCCAAGAGGUAUCAAGUACCGAUGUCUUCCAAAUCUGACACGCUGCACCGCUACUCAAUGGGCAAGAGCCUCACGCAGGCCGUCCACUCCAACACUGCAGCAGGUGCACAAGACCAUAUGCACCCCAGCAAGACUGUGUGUAUGUAGUAUGCUAUCAUCUUAUCAUCUUAAACUCUCAGGUUCUACCAAGUAAAAACAUGUUUCAUCUUAUUUUGUAUUGUGCAUGUCUUUGCCUUCCCAACAUCAUACAGUGUUUCCAUCAAAAUAGUUAGUUUAUAGAAUAAAUCAAGGUAUGUGACAUAAAAGUAACUCAUUGCAGAGUUAAUUCAUUUAGUUUAGUGUUCACUCAGUUCAGUCUGGCAUAAUAUUUCAGAACAUUCUAACCAUAACAAUAUCAGUCAGGGGGACAGAGCACCGAGGCUCUUUAUGCCAUGGGCCUUUGUUUUGUUCUGACCAGUUCCCACAAGUGCUUUUUCAGCUGUUCUAGUUACCUAGCAACGGUGCAACUACCUCAUAAGAAGCAUAGCAGUGCGCAGCCUCACACAUACUACAAUGUAAACCACAGCCACAAGCUCCAACUCUGAUAGAAGUGUCGCACUGUAGCCUGUGACUAAACGUGAUGAUGAUAUAAACCGUUGCCAAACUGCAUCUGAUCUGUCAAAUUUAAUCAUAUACAACUUUAGUUUUCUAUGAGUCAGUGAUGUAAAUCAGUGCACUAUAUCAAUGCAGCCUUAUGCUGAGAUCAGUAAUCCUUGUGUAUGUUGUGUUGAUCUCUAAAGGCCAGCCAAUCACUGCAACAUUAUUUCCAACUGGGAUGAUCUUGUUACUUUGCUUUAUCAUACUAUCUUUGUCAUUUAGCUGCCAUGUAAAAUAAAAUAAUUAUCCACUUCCUGGGAUUAUUAAUCAAAAGAGCUGCAGCAGUAACCUAAUUAGACAAACUUGUGUUGUACAUUAAUGCGCAUGUAAAAUUAAAUGGUUACUUCUAAUCAAUUUGUAAAGAGUUGCUAUUUCCAGCACAAGCCAGAAUUCAGCAUGUCUAUAUUGGGUAAGCUGUAACAGUAUCAAGGCAAAAGACACAUACAGUUUUGGGUUGUUCUAUAAUAAAAACAAACAAGUACAAUUAAAGUAAAUUAACGACCAAGUCUUCUUUAAUUCAGCUAGUACAGGGGAACAAAAUGUAUUGCACAUUGAAGAACCAAUACAUCGGUGCCAUUCCUUCCACUAUGGUGAACAGAACUGUAGUGAAGGUGCAAGGUGACGGAGUUUUUGU